GUUAUUUUAAUACAAUAGAUAACUUUUCAAGAUUUUGAACUUUGCACUUUUUCAUCUAAUUUUCUCCAUAUUCUCUGAGUUGAUGUAGCAGAGAACAAAGCAGUGAAUCAUGGGGUUGUGGGCCACAAUGAAAACAUGGGUGGUGUUCCACAUAUUGUUUGGAUACGUAUUUGUCGUCAGUGGACUAAUUGUGAAUUUUUUCCAACUAUGCUCAAUGGUUGUUUGGCCAUUUGACAGACAACUUUACAGAAAAAUCAACUGUAAUCUAGUCUAUCUACAUUGGUGCCAAUUGACAGCAGGAGCCGCUUGGUGGUCUGGGAGUACAAAUACAGUAUAUAUGGACCCUGAAACCUUUAAACUCGUAGGAAAAGAACAUGCUUUAGUUUUAGGCAACCAUAAAUAUGAUAUAGAUUGGUUAAUGGCUUGGUUGCCUGUGGAGCAUUUGCGAAUGUUAGGCGGAUCAAAGAUCUAUGGAAAGGAGAUGUUAAAAUAUGUACCUCUCAUUGGUUGGGCUUGGUAUUUCUCUGAAAGUAUAUUCCUUAAAAGGCAAUGGGAGAAAGAUCGAGAAAUCAUCAAACAUGACAUUGGAAAACUAUGCGAUUUCCCUAAAGAUUAUUGGAUGACUAUUCUAUUAUUCCCUGAGGGAACCAGGUUCACUGAUAAGAAACAUGCCGCCAGUAUGGAGGUGGCCCGCAAGAAGGGUAUGCCAGAACUCAAGCACCAUCUAUUGCCUAGAACUAAAGGCUUUGUUCUCUCCAUGUACGGAUUAAAGGGAAAAAUUCCUGCCAUAUAUGACUGCACUAUAGGAUUCAGGAAAGAUGGCGCCCCACCAAGUUUUUUCAGUAUUUUAAAUGGUAAAGCCUGUCGCUCAGAAAUGUAUGUCAGACGCUAUGCCACUAAAGACAUUCCAACUGACACAGAGGAGGAGUGCGCUGAGUGGCUUCAUCAGCUCUUCAGAGAGAAGGAUGAGCUGUAUGAUGGCUUUGCAAAGAAUGGUCACUUCACAGGGCCAAAGCAUGACCUCCCACGUACCCCUUAUGACCUCAUUAUCUGGCUUACAUGGUGUGUCAUACUGUCAGUACCUCUCUUACAUUACCUGAUGUCUGUGUUCUUAAUAGGAACAUAUUUACAACAAGUUACAGUUAUUAUAGUAUGCAUUCUAGGUGCAGUGGGUAUCCGUGCAUUAAUAGGAAUCACAGAAACUGAGAAAGGUUCCGACUAUGGAGCAGACAAGAAAAUAUCAUGAGCAAAGCACAACACUUCAGGACAGUCAUGCUUUAUUUAAAAAAGAUGUAUCAAUUUGUUUAGUAUUCUUAUGUUGAGACAAAUUAACUAGGAUUUCAGAAAUGUCACAUUUUAGAGUAAAAUGCCAAGUUGAAUGACAGGAUAUUUUAUGAUACUGUUGUGUUAUUUUAUAUUUAUUAUAAUUAGUCUGAGCAUAUCAUUCACUUCAGAUCAAUAUAACCAUCAUAACCAUUUUAUUAAGAUAAAGUCAUAGUACAAUUUUAUAUAUGCAAUGUGGUCAUGCAUGACUUUGUUUUAUACUGAAUGAAAAGGACAAUUUGAGGAAUAUUUCAAGGAUGACAUUCAUAUGAUGUAAUAAGGAGCAAUGUCAUUUUAUACUCAAAAUAUCAAUGCAAUUGUAUACCAAUAUAUAUAUAAGAAAGAUAGCACAAAGUAAAAUUAUUAUGAAUGUACAGUUAGUUAUAAAACCUAUUGCUUGCUAGGGAUUGGAGAAGUGUAGAGUUUUUGUGGGAUAUUUUAAGUUAUUAAAUCACUCUCAUAUUCUCCUCUCUCUUUGAUUGGUCAAUGUUCUACACAUGACUAAAAAAUAACAAGUGAUAUUCGAAUU